AUGUGCCCCUGCGCGCUGCACGGCGGGCCCCCCGCCGCUUGCCCCUGCAGCUCCGCCCGGCGCGGGGCGCGCUUCUCCGGGGCGCAGCUGGUGGCGGCCCGCCUGAAGCUGGUCGGGGAUGAGCUGCAGGAGCGGACCGCGUGGCGCAGGGCGAGCAGCAGGCGGGCUGCGGCCGGGAGAAGCCUGGCCACCUACCUGUGUCUGCUGUGCGCCGCCUCGCAGGUGGCCGCGCUGGUCUGGCUGAUCCGCAAGAGGAGCUGGUAGGGACAAGGGCUCGGGCAGGAGCUGAGAGCAUCCGGGAAGAGCAACAGGCUGGAGAAAACCCUGCACCCUUGGAGAAAAUCAUUUCCCCUUUUCCUGCAGGGAGUACAGAGUCUGAGCAGCAGCUGUGAUGAAUGGAGAAAGAAGAGGAGGAGGAUGAAAGAGGCUGGAGCAACGUGAAAGAAGAUUUGUA